CCGCUAGUGUUGUUAGGCAAAAUAUAAGAGAGCAGUAGGAGAGAUCUGCAAUAGAUAAACACUUGCACACGCACCAGCUGGCGCGCUUGCAGACACGCACAACACGCAUCUAGAAACACCGUCCAGAGCUGUGGUUGCUGCGUCCUUGUAUUUAUUUAAUGGUUCUUUUGUCAUCUGUCAUUUUAGUGGAAAACAGCCACUGACAGAGGGAGAGAUAGACAGAGACACACAGAGAGAAGCAGGUGCGCCCUUUAAGAGGAAAGAAGCAUCUGAGGCAAGGACAGCAUCCCAGUCUCCAUUCUCUGUGGAGGCUGUGGAAUUCAGAGGAGUGUGAAAAGGAACGGACGGUCACACAAAGCUCUUCAUUUUUUUGUGCUCUUGCUCCUUUCACCUGGAGGUAGGCUGCAAUGGUUGGCACUAAUCAGAGGCCUAAACCUGUCUGAGAGAGCCCUAUGAACAGCCGAUCCAAUGGACAUCAAAGGCCAGUGUUGGACCGACGAGGAGUCAGAUGGGGAGAACGAAUCUGAACAGUUCCUUUAUGGAAUCCAGUGCUGCUUGUUGCAGGGGAGCUGUGCUGCUGACCUGUACCGGCACCCUCAACUAGAUGCAGAUAUUGAAGCUGUGAAAGACAUCUACACCGACAGUGCCAUCUCUGUCAGGGAGUACGGAACCAUUGAUGAUGUGGACAUCGAUCUUCAUAUUAACAUCGGCUUCUUAGAUGAGGAGGUUGCAACAGCCUGGAAAGUUAUAAGAACAGAGCCCAUUAUUCUGAGACUGCGCUUUUCUCUUUCUCAGUACCUUGAUGGACCCGAGCCAUCAGUAGACGUGUUUCAGCCUUCGAAUAAAGAAGGCUUCAGUCUGGGCCUGCAACUCAAAAAGAUCCUGAGCACAUUCACCUCACAGCAGUGGAAGCACCUCAGCAAUGAGUUCCUCAAGGCCCAACAGGAAAAGAGGCAUAGCUGGUUCAAAGCUGGAGGGACCAUCAAGAAGUUUCGUGCUGGGCUCAGCAUUUUCUCCCCAAUUCCCAAGUCUCCAAGUUUCCCUCUGAUCCAAGACACGGUUCUAAAAGGGAAGCUGAGUGUCCCUGAGCUGAGAGUGACCCGCCUGAUGAACCGCUCUAUCUCCUGUACAAUGAAGAACCCUAAAGGGGAACUCUUUAGCUAUCCACCAAACAGCCAGACUGUAGCUGUCCCGGCGGCCAGGGCCCCAGCGCAGAUUACCACGAGGCAGCUGAUUGAAUUGUUUUUUUCAUCCCAGGCGGGCGGCCACUGCAAGAACAUCCCUACUUUGGAGUACGGCUUCUUGGUGCAGAUAAUGAAGUACUCAGAGCAGAGGAUCCCCACUCUUAAUGAGUACUGCGUGGUUUGUGACGAACAGCAUGUCUUUCAGAAUGGGUCCAUGCUGAAGCCUGCUGUGUGUACCAGAGAGUUGUGUGUGUUCUCCUUCUACACUCUGGGUGUGAUGUCUGGAGCUGCAGAAGAAGUGGCAACAGGAGCAGAGGUUGUGGACCUGCUUGUGGCUAUGUGUAGAGCUGCACUUGAGUCCCCACGCAAGAGCAUUAUCUUUGAGCCCUACCCAUCGGUUGUGGAUCCAAAUGACCCCAAAACUCUUGCAUUCAACCCAAAGAAGAAGAAUUAUGAAAGACUGCAGAAAGCACUGGACAGUGUCAUGUCCAUUCGUGAAAUGACCCAGGGUUCAUAUUUGGAGAUCAAGAAACAGAUGGACAAACUGGACCCUUUGGCCCACCCUCUGUUGCAAUGGAUCAUCUCCAGUAAUAGGUCUCAUAUUGUCAAGCUGCCUCUCAGCAGGCAACUGAAAUUCAUGCACACGUCCCACCAGUUCCUGUUGCUCAGCAGCCCCCCAGCCAAGGAGGCUCGCUUUCGCACCGCCAAGAAGCUCUAUGGCAGCACCUUUGCCUUUCAUGGAUCCCAUAUAGAGAACUGGCACUCUGUUCUUAGAAAUGGACUGGUCAACGCCUCUUACACCAAGCUGCAGCUGCACGGCGCAGCGUAUGGAAAGGGCAUCUAUCUCAGCCCCAUCUCCAGUAUAUCUUUUGGAUACUCAGGAAUGGGGAAAGGACAACAUCGCAUGCCCACCAAAGAUGAGCUGGUACAGCGUUACAACCGUAUGAACACCAUACCGCAGAGCCGCCCAAUACAAUCAAGGUUUCUGCAAAGUCGAAACUUGAACUGCAUUGCUCUUUGUGAAGUGAUCACUUCUAAAGAUCUCCAGAAACACGGCAACAUAUGGGUGUGUCCGGUCUCCGACCAUGUCUGCACCCGCUUCUUUUUUGUGUAUGAGGAUGGCCAAGUAGGGGAUGCCAACAUCAACACUCAGGAGCCAAAGGUGCAGAAGGAGAUCAUGCGUGUGAUUGGGACCCAAAUUUACUCAAGCUAAUGGAGGUUCCGCAGCAGAUCUAUCGCUGUCUCAGCAGGGGGGAAGCAGACAAGACAGACAAUUGAAGCAAACGUUUUGAGCGAGCUGUCCUUAGGCCAGAUACUGAGGGAUGAAAAGCUCCUGAGCACAUCACUACCGACAUGGUUUAACUCUAGUGUUCUUGUUUUGUCCUCUUUCUCUUGUGUUUCACCUUCUCCACAUUGUUACGACUUACAUGUUCGCCUGACCCUCAGUUAGGUUGCACCUGGUUUAAAUCAGCUUUCCCCCGGUUUUUACUGCUGUCUACACAAAUGCACACAUUUUUCUGGGCUAUAUUCUUGUUGCUGUGUGUUUACUUUAACUGAUUCAGUUUUUUAUUCUUCUUUGUGAAUAUGUAGUAAAACAACUAUUCAUUCCAAAUGAUUAUUGACCUUUUUAUGGCAAAUAUUGGAGAGAAUUAUGCACACAUAGAAGUUAGUUUUUUUUUAGUGUGUUUGGAAAGUUAUUAUUGGUCAUUAUUUCCUGCAGUAUUUUCUGACUGAAGACAUGAACCGAGGCCGUGAUUAGCGGAGGGAAACACACCACUUGUCCACUGAUACUUCUGGGCUGUCAAAAGUAGUUUUUGAAAUUCAAACUUAAUAUCAGUGUAUAUACUUUGUUUUGUAUAAAAAUAUCUACCAUAGCUAAUCUGUUCAUGAUAAUUUUUAUGGUCCUAUUGACCAUGAAAAUUUCCAUUUUUUGGCCUUUUGAGAUUUUGGUUUGUUUUUUAUUAACUAUUUUAACAAACACAACACAUAAACAAUGAUAAAUUAUGCAGGUUCUCAGAUUGCAAUGAUAGAUUUGAAUUAAACAAAAUAAGAUCCAAUUAUCUUAACACUAAACAGAGUACAUAAAAGUAAAUAUUAUUUAGUGAUGCAUUAUCUGACUGAAAAUUUAGGUUUUUAAGCUGCCAAUUAACAGUUAAAUCCAUUUACAUAUAACACAAAACAAACAGAUUUACAUUUCAGACAUAGUUUCGUUUAAUUAACCUAAUUGGGUUAUAGGAAGCACAUUGUGAACCAUAAAAACUCCUUAACCUGAAAUAUAAAUAAUAGAAAAAAGACCUUUGCCCCACCGAACCAUUUCAAGAAAUGAUGGCAUAAAAUGUAGGAUUUGUUGUAUUUAUUAGCUCCAGCUUUGUUUUCUUAUUUAUUUGGAAUGCAUAACCCACAAAGAGAGAAUUACGAUGGAUGAAACAUCAGAAUAAAGCUGUCGCUAUCAGAGGGCAUAACAGUGAUGCAAAUUUGUACAGUUAAAACCAGAUAUGGUAGUUUACUUUGGUCGUUCUCCAUUUUCAAAAAAACCAUUUGUGCUCAAACAUUAACUUCUUGGCUUAUGUAUUGAAAUACUGCUUCAAUAAGUUUCCUAAAAUUGUGUACCUUUGUAAGUAUUUACAAAUUCUGUCUCUUUUGGUUUCCUUUUAGAGUUUUGUCUUUUUCCUUAAUCAGUGAUCUUUCAACCCAUGUUGAUACAGGACCAGUUUCUCUAUGAAUACUUACCUCUUCUUACUAUCUUGGCUGAUUUCUUUAGAUUUGGACGUCACACAAGAAAUUAUUUCAGAUGCUGGAAAUAAUCAGUUGCUUACAAAAUAAUGACAUCAUUGUCAGGGGUUUCUCAAACUGUUUAAAUGCAUAGUAAUCACAGUCCUUGCAAAGUUCUGAAUCUGAGGAGAGGAAGAACAAAAUAUCUGGAGUAUUAUUUCACUAAAAAUAGGGAGCAUCUGCUUCAAACCAAUACCAAUGGAUGGAUAGAUUCUCUCUUUCAUUUAGGGUGCAUUUGGCAAAUUAAAAAAUAAAACUCCUGGCGUAAAACAUUUAAACUUUAGUCUGAUUUAAUAUCAAGGUUGUGUUUUUUUUGUGUGUUUUAAAAUAGUAUCUGGUUUCAACUGUACGUCAGAUUGCUGGGACUAUCCUGACUCAGUAGGGGGAAAAAAACAGUUAAUUUAAGUUGUGAUCAUAUUACUGUGAUAGCCUUUUAACCUUUUGUGCAUCAUCAAUUUUUUAUGAGUCAUCUCUACAUAAUAUGAAUAAUUUGCCGUGCUCAUUUUCAAAUGACCAUCUGUGCGAAUGAGCAACACUUUCCACCGGAACUCUACAAUCGGAAAAUGUGGACUUUCCCAAAGCCCAAAAAAAUGUUCUGGCAGCAUUCAGUCCAGGUGAGCUCUGUAUUUUCUUGAUAUUACGCUACACAUUACACGUAUUCAGCGUUUGCCUAAAAUGGGGACAGUGACUGUCAUCAGACCUGCAGUAGACAGGAAGUAGAAUACAAAAGGUGAGAAUCAAACAAACUGAAAUAUACAACUUGUUGGCUGCGGUAUGUCUCCACAAAAAUGAACUUUUAAAUGUUAUCGAAACUGGAAUUCUAACCACUAAGUGGACUUGAAGACUCUGGAAAGAAAGCAAAUUGUAUGUGUGUAUAUAUAUGGAUGAUGGACAUGAUGGACAUGUGAUGCUGACCCACUGCAGUGCCAGACUCUACGAACAGCUGAUAACUGUUUCUGCCAAGAUGUGUGAACGAUGAGUCUUUUUAGGGGGCUUAUUGUCUCACCGUCUGUCUCUGCUUUGUGAUGUCUCAGAGAUUAUGACGACAGCAAGGAUGGUGAUUGUGGCGCUGGUGAAAGGCAGCCGUGCUGGAGAAAACUAAUAAAACUUGAUUUUGCACAGUU